UGCUUCAUCUUCUUCCCCAUUUCAAAACCCUAAACCCCAAAUGCUAACCUCCAAUUUCACCCACCCCAAUUCCUUAAACCCUAAUCUCUCAUCUCUCCAAUGGCCGCAAAAUCCACUCUUCAAAUAUCAAAUCCCACACUACAAAAAACCCCUAAAAAUCCAUUCUUUCUUCACUCAAAACCCCCAAAUUACACCGGCUUCCCACAAAAUCAACCACCUUAGAAACCCCAGUGUCUCCGCAGGCCGCAGUAAGAAAAAACCCGGAGGCCCAUCCACCGGAAGAAUCGAAGGAAACGCCGAUGUCCGCCGUGAAGCGAAACGAAACGCCCGUCGGAAAAACAAAAUCUAUGCAGAGAAUUUCUUUUACAGAUUGAAAAACCCUCAUAGAAAUCAAGCUGAUAAUUUCACGGAAGAUGAAUUGCAGAUGGUUGGGUUGGGGUAUGAUAGAAUGGUUCGAUUCAUGGAGAAAGACGAUCCCAAUCUGAAACAUCCACACGAUUGGUACAAAUACGGGGAGUACGGUCCGUAUUCGUGGCGGGGGAUAGUCGUAGGCGAUCCGGUUCGUGCUCAUUUAUGGGAAGAAGGUGUUACCAUGAUUCAAGAAGUGAAUAGUCAUGAGGAAUGGGAAGAAAUUGAGAAAUUUGAUAUGGCCACGGAAUUUAGUGAGCGAUUGACUGUUUUGGAUAAGAAAAUUGGGUUUCACCAUUACUGGGUGUUUGUGCGGCAUCCGAAAUGGCGAGUUACGGAGUUUCCCUGGCAGCAAUGGACAUUGGUUUGUGAAGUGGUGAUUGAAUCAGGUGAGAAGAGAUUGGAUAAAUGGAAUUUGAUGGGGAGGUUAGGGAAUAAGACGCGGUCGUUGAUUACGCAAUGUGCAGCGUGGAUGAGGCCGGAUAUAAUUUAUGUUAAGCGGCCGGUGUAUCAAUGCAGGUUUGAGCCGCAGAGGGAUUUCUUUAAAGGGUUAGGUCCAUUGGUUGAUCCGAGUACGGAGAUGAAUUUUAUGUUUGAAUUGAGGCAUGAUGAUGGGAGAGUUGAAAUGUGUACAUAUUUCACUGGGUUGUGUAAGAUUGUGAGGGUGAAUCCGAAAGCGUUUGUGGAUGAUGUUGUGAAUGCGUAUGAGAAAAUGAGUGAUGAGAGGAAGGAUAAAUGUUUGGAGUUUUUGUUGUCGAAUCAUCCAUAUGAGCUAUUGCAUCCUUAUACGAAAGAGUGGAAGGCGAAAUUGGAAGAAAUGGAGCUGGGGUGUGAUGCUCCUGAUGAGGAUGAGGAUAAUGUGAGGGAUAAGGGCGAGAAAGAAAUUGUGGAUUGGUUUGAAGUUGAGGAUGGAGAUGAUGAGAACGAGGAUGAUUUUGUGAUCGAGGACCUUGAAGGAGGAGUGGAUGGCAGUGAGGAUGAGGAUGAGGAGAAUGAAGAGUCUGAAGAUGAGAAAGAAAGCGUAGAAGAGAAUGAAGAGUAUUGGAAAGAGGAGUUUAAUAAGGCGGUAAGAAGUUCAGAUGCAAUGGAAAGUUUUGUUACAAGAAGUGUUGAGAAAACUACAGCGUAUUACAAGCAGCAAAUGAAAGCAAUGGAAGAAGAGAAGGAGGAGAAACUUGGUAGAUUAUCGGAAAUGGCAGAGAGGAAACAAGAGACUGUGAAUGAGAGUAGGAAAACAAAGAUGAAGCAAGAAGAGUGGAAGAUUGUGGGAAGUGGACCGAAUAGGAGGAAAAUAAAAAAGAGUAGAAUUCCGCCCGAGUUGUUUGUAAGAGCAGCUGUUCGACCAUUUACUUAUAGGAAUUUAGUUAAAGAGAUUGUUCUUAUGAGACAUGGAAUCAUUGAUGGUGACCUUUGUGUGAAAGGUUAAAAGGAAAUUAUCGGUUUUCUUUGUUUUUGAUCUAUGGUUGUGUAGAGGAUGAAGAACUCCAUAGCGAAAUCAGUUUGUUCGUUGGUUAAGUAUUGCCUUACUCAUGUAAUUGAUUGGUCUCAUUUUGCUUUAGGAAAGCAGAGCAAUUCUAUUGGGUUUGUUUACUAGUGAUAAGAUUUGCAUUUCUGUUUCCGUGGUUCUUCUUUGUCAAUUUUGUAAACAUGGAAGUUACUGUUAAGACAUUAAGGGGUAGCCAAUUUCAAGUCAGGGUUCCAGCUACUGAUAAGACGCUUUUAAUGCCCUUGGUUAGAAGACUGCAAUGCUGUUUGCCUGAAGUGCUCAAUUGGCGCCAGGAUUCAUUACUGCAAGUAAUUUCUUCAUACUGAUAGACCUUGCCGGUCCUUGCCCACUCUAAAAUAAGACACUUUUGUGGCCCUUGAGAAGAUGCAAUGCUGUCUCCUCAAGUGCUCAAUUGGCGCCAGAAUUUCUUGCUCCAGGUGACAGAUUCCCACUGAUAGACCUUGCAGAAAUACACCACAAACGAAUAAACAAAGCCAAACAAGCAAGUGAAGGUCCACCAUCACCAUCGUCACCACCACCGAUGAAGGGAUCUUUACUCUAGAGGAAGCUCGACAAUGUCAUACUUAUAAUCGUAGCCGUUGUCGCCACUAAAAAGGCCAUCAUUCUUUUUGUAAACUUUUGUUGUCCCAUUUUUCAGGACGUCACGCUGAGUAUAUGAGAAGGGUAUGUCAUACGAACACCGUGUUGCCAUCAAACUCGCUUUCACUCUACUCAUAGGUGGCACAGUGAUAGUGCGCACAGACCCCACUUCAACACUUUCCAUCUCCGUUUCUCCCCAGUUCCAAGAUUGGCUACGCUCAGCGGAAAUCUCAAGCGAACCCGAUUUUAUGAGUGGGACACCAAGGGUACCAGUCAAUUUGACGCUCCCUUUCCAGGUUCCUCAAUCUCCAUGUAGCUGAACUCGUCCGGAUAGCUGUGGUGUGUGGCGAUGCAGCUGUCUUUACCAUAUCCUGUGUAUCGCUUGCAAAACAAGCCGUUCUUCAGACAUCGCAUGGCGACGAAUUUUCCAUCAAGUGUUGUGGGUAAAAAUACGGUGUUGGUGUCAUGGACUUUGGGGCAAGCCUGCGUUAAGCAUACCCAAGAAUUAGGUUGCAUAUCCGUCCAGUAAGUGCCAAACUGAGUACUCUUCAGGCGUAUGCCUCCAUCGCGACUUGGAGACACCUCGAAGUCAUAAAUUGAGGAAUUAUCGGCUCUGGAACGCAAGUCCAUAUACCCAUCAGCAAAGGCCUUUGCGUGGCUUUGGCUUUCUUUGAACUUGACCCUGAUAAGGUCGGGCAGCGUAACGACAGAUUCCCAGUCAAUGAAGGUGCACACAUCAACAGUCUUGUCAUCUGGUUUCAUUUUAGGCAAUAAAGUCAAGCAACCGAGAAAAUUAGCGGUAUCGGAGUUACCGUUAUACCUCCUAACAUAGUUGCCGGUAUUGACAUGGCGAAGCCUAGCGACGCUGUUGCUGUUGGAAUGCACGAAAACAGGCUGGAAGAGUGUGCAAUGUUUUUCAGACUGAUUCUCCUCAGGUUUAACGGCCAUGGCAGUUAUCCAGCUGUUGGGACCACCGGUUGUUGCCCAGUACUUGUUAUUGAGCAAAGACCUGAUAUGAACGAGUCCAUUUCCGGUGGUAGCUGGCACGACCUCGAAUCUCGUCUCGAGCCCGAAACUGUGUUCUCCCUCGAACCUGAGGGUAUUAGGUAAAUUUGGAUAUUCUGUGUCGAUUCGCAAAUAUCUAUUGUUAUCGUCUGAUUGUAUGAUGACAUACUUCGGUAGUGCUUUUGCCAUGACAACAACAGGGGUCCGACUUGCUGAUGGUACCAGUUAUCAAGAGAAGUUGUAGACAGGAGUCUCUGCUGCUGCUGAUUCAAUUUCUGUGCGACUCUCAAGUAAUUUCUUUCUUCUUUGUUUGUGUUUUUUUUUUUUGUUUCUUGGUUGAAUGUUUCUGUGGUAUUUAUCUAUCUUUGAUUGUUCAUUCGAAGAUCUGAAUAAGUCUGAACAAGAAUUUUUACAUUUAAGAUCAACUUCCACC